UGCCACAUCGGAUGAUACAAUCCAGGCUCAUAUUUGACCUCCGCCACGUGAAUUCAUUUCUUUCCGUCCCCCCUUUUCGCUACGAGGGCUUGAAUCGAGUGCCCGAAUUGGUGCAGCAAGACGAUUGGCUAUCCACCAUCGAUCUAAAAUCAGGCUACCACCAUGUGGAUAUCCAUCCCUCGUAUUGGCGUUUCCUUGGUUUUACACUCCAAGGGCAGCGCUUCCAGUUUCUCUCAUUGCCUUUUGGUCUAGCUACUGCGCCGUUCGUUUUUACUCAGCUGAUCAAGCAGCUCGCAAAACGUUGGCGCGGACGCAGCAUCCGACUUAUCCCAUACGUCGAUGACAUUUUGUUCAUCAAUGCUACUCGAGCCGAGGCCCUUAGCCACUGUGCCGUCAUUUUAGCGGAUCUUCAGUCAGCUGGCUUUGCUGUCAACUUCAGGAAGUCGCAGCUCGAACCAACCCACUGCCUAAAACCGCCACAUUGUGGAGGAACCAGGUUCGAAACCGACCUUCCGAGCACCAUAUCGGCUAAGCCCCAUAGAACUAGCCGACAUGAAGAAACAGAUCGAGUAUCUCCUCGCCAAAUGACUCAUCCGACCAUCCACUUCACCAUACAGUGCCCCAGUACUCUUCACACCGAAACCGGACGGAAGCCUGCGCAUGUGCAUCGACUACCAAGCCCUCAACAAGCAGAUCAUCAAGAACAAGUACCCGAUUCCACGAAUCGAUGACCUGCUUGACCAGCUUCGAGGA